AUGCCUAGGCCUAGGCCGAGCUUGGUUGCCAGGGAGGACGUACUUGCCUCUGAAGAGGAGGCUUCGGAUGAUGCUCCGUCUGGAAGGAUUGGGAUGACUGUGGGGAUCGAGGGUGAGAUGCUGGCUUGGGAUGAGGAUAAGGAUGGGGACGAGGUGGAACGUGUGAGGGAAGACGCUAUGAUUGAUAUGGUUGUUGUGAUUGGUGUCUCUGAUGGUGGAAUGCUUGAAGCUGAGCUUGGGUCGGACUGUGAGGUCGGCAUCCAUCUCGAGGGCUUCACCAUGCUACCUUCAAUCGUCUCCGCCUGGGUUCCAGUCCAUGUUGGUGGUGUCGGCGGCGUGGUAAGCGAUGCCGAUGCCACACCCGGGAACAUCUCAGAAGGCCUCGCCUCGGUCGACACGAUAUCCGGCGAAACCAGUAGGCCGGGCGACGUUACUCGGGCAGAUGCAGCCUCCCGGCGCGUUACCGCCUGCGCAACAAGACUGCUCGCCUCCGCCGCCGCCGACUGGAUCACAUUCUGCUUCCCCUAUUCCCCGUUCCACCGCGGUUCUGUGCAAGCGUCUCUUGAAACUGACCCCGGUACCACGUCAGGCUGCUCGAGGGACGAAGUGGACAAGGUGCACAAUGCUUUGCCCGAGCAGGUGUACCCAGGAGGGCAGCAAGAUGACACGGCGGAUUUCACGUCGCAUACCUGA